CCAGUCCCUCCACCACCUUUCUAGAGUUACAGACACACGGAGACAAGAAGAGGGACGUAGCCAUGGCUUCCUCCAGUGCUCUCCUGGCAGUGGCGCUCGCCUGCCUUCUCCUCGCCGCGCCGAACACGGCGCAAGCCGCGAUCGGCUGCGGCCAGAUAAUCUCCUACCUCAUUCCCUGCCUUGGCUACGCCCAGGGCACGGGGCCUCUCACAGAAGGAUGCUGCAGCGGGGUGAGGGCACUCAACGGCGCCGCCCAGACCACACCGGACCGCCAGGCCACCUGCAACUGCCUCAAGAGAUCCGCCGCCGGCGUCUCGGGGAUUCAGCCCGGUCUCAUCGCCGGGAUCCCGAGCAAGUGCGGCAUCAAUGUCCCCUACCGCAUCAGCCCCUCCACCGACUGCUCUCGGGUGAGGUGAGCUGCUGAUUUAACCUGAAGAAGGCGUUUAAGGUAGUGAGUUCUAUCUAAUAAGGUGGGACUGUUGUCUGCACCGUGUCAUCAAUUUGUGUGGGAGCGCUCUCAGCAUUAUUGUAGCUUUGAUCUCUGUGCUGCUGUCAAUGCUACUGUUCCAGUGGGUUGGGACUUGUAGCACCGUUACUAUCUAUAUAAUAUGAGUUCCAUUAAACAAAAGAUUGAGUUACUCUUUA